CUGCGGGAGCUCCGUCGUGAUCUCAAUCAAGGCAAGCUAAUGACUGUUGCCUUAUAAUGGGCCUGGCCGCGCGCAGUUUCGUGCAUUAAUUGCGUAUUUCGUCACAAGGUCUCUCUCUGUGCUCGGGCAGUGAACGCGCCGCAGCCCGGGCUGGAAUCGGCGUUGGAGGGACGCUUGGGGCUUCUCUGGCCUGGACUCCUUCAGCUCUGCGGCGAUGGAGGCCCUGCCCGAGCUCUAUGCCAUCUUCCAGGGAGAGGUUGCUACAGUGACAGAAUAUGGAGCCUUUGUCAAAAUCCCUGGCUGCAGGAGGCAAGGCCUUGUGCACAGGACUCAGAUGUCCUCCUGCCGUGUGGAGAAGCCCUCAGAGAUAGUGGAUGUUGGGGACAAGGUGUGGGUGAAGCUGAUUGGCAAGGAGAUGAAGGAUGACAAAGUGAAGCUUUCCCUCUCCAUGAAGGUUGUUAACCAAGGCACAGGAAAGGACCUGGACCCCAACAACGUUGCCCUUGAACAGGAUGAGAGGAGGAAACGCAGCUUCAGGGACUACAGCAGCCAGAAGAUCACCCUGGAAGCUGUCUUGAACACUGUGUGCAAGAAAUGUGGCUGCAGAGGUCACUUUGCCAAGGAGUGUUUUGUGCAGCCUGGAGGUACCAAGUACAGCCUCAUUCCAGAGGAGGAGGAAGAGGAGGUGGCAGCAGCAGGAUGUGAGAGGGAGAAAAAGGGCAGCAUGGCUGAGGAUCCUUCCAGGAAGAGGAAGAAGGAGAAGAAGAAGAAGAGGAAGAAGCAGAAGACUAAAGACUCCUCCGAGUCGGACUCGGCCAGCUCAGACUCGGCCAGCGACAGGGCUCAGCCAGCCAGCAAGAGGAGCAAGCACUCAGGCAAGGCCAGCAAGGCUCAGAAGAAGAAGAAGAAGAAGCACAAGAAGCAGUCCCGGGAGUGAGGAGCAGGCAGGUGGAGCUUUGGCAGCCCUGAGCCCCUCCUGCUGCGCGGCACAAGGAGAGAGCAGAGCCCGAUCCCCGCGGCCCUCGCUCCGGGGCAGGGAGCGGGACCUUCCCUCUCCCAGCAGUGUCCCUGGCUGUGUGGCCUCACUGGUGCUGACUUUGAGGCCAGCUGCCCCGUGCAGGCUGCUGUUUUGUCCCCAGGCUGGCUCUGUACACCCCUCCCUCGGCACCUCUCCCAUCCCAUAGCCUCUGGGCCCGCUGCCGGCACCUGCGACCGGUGCCAGCGGCACGGCUUCGG